AUUUUCAAAUAGAGCUCUUUGAUCGAGCUCUACUCGCGAAGUGCACGCAAAUUGCAAGAAUCAAGAUUCGGUCACCACUCACCGCGCAGUGUGUUCAAGUUUACACAGUGAGACUGGCUCUAUUCAAUAAAUUCAACGCUGUAGCAGUCGAGGAAAUAUUAAAAGCUGCUGAAAUAAGUGCAACACUCUGCACUUUCGAUUACCAGAAUAUUGGAAAAUCACCGAAGCUAACUUGAAAUUCUAAUUUAAGAAAUGGAUGCUACCAAGAAGCUGACGGUUUCAUCGCCAAAUGUAAAGUACACGGACGAGUACAUACUCUCAGACUACGAAUAUGAGGAAACCUUAGUGACGAAGACCGAUACGGAGUUAGUGGCAAAACCUCAUCGGACCCAGCUACAAAUAAGAACAGGUCGGAAAGUGGGUAAGGUGGGUGUGAUGCUGGUGGGGUGGGGUGGUAACAACGGCUCCACCUUCACAGCAGCAGUCCUCGCCAACCGUCACCAGCUCAGUUGGAACACAAAGAACGGCAAAAUGGAUUCUAAUUGGUUCGGCUCAAUAACCCAGGCGUCGACGGUGCGGCUGGGCUUGGACGAAAACGGUGCUGACGUCUACACCAGAAUGUCACAACUGCUGCCAAUGGUGCACCCUGAUGACCUGGUAAUCGACGGUUGGGACAUCAGCCCAAUGAACCUGGCUGACGCGAUGGUGCGCGCCAAGGUCAUCGACUACGACCUGCAGCAGCAGCUGCGCAAGGAGAUGCAGGCGAUGAAGCCCAGGCCCGCGGUGUACGACCCUGACUUCAUCGCUGCUAACCAGGCUGACCGCGCGACGAACCUCAUCCGCGGCACCCGACACGAGCAAUACCUACAGCUGCGAGCCGACAUCAAGGACUGUCGCGACCGACACCGCCUCGACAAGGUCAUCGUGCUGUGGACAGCCAACACCGAGAGGUUCUGCGACGUGAUCCCCGGCGUGCACGACACGGCCGACAACCUGGAGAAGGCGCUGCGACAGAACCACAAGGAGAUCUCACCCUCCACCAUCUUCGCGCUCGCCGCUAUUGAUGAGGGGUGCUGCUACAUAAACGGGUCGCCGCAGAACACCCUGGUCCCGGGCGUGUGCGAGCGCGCCGAGCGGGCUGGCGUGUUCGUGGCCGGCGACGACUUCAAGUCCGGACAGACCAAGCUCAAGUCCGUGCUCGUCGACUUUCUCGUGUCUGCCGGUCUGAAGCCGACGUCGAUCGUGAGCUACAACCAUCUGGGUAACAACGACGGCAAAAACCUGUCCGCGCCCGCGCAGUUCCGCUCCAAAGAGAUAACGAAGAGCAACGUGGUGGACGACAUGGUGUCGUCUAACGCGCUCCUGUACGCCGCCGGCGAGAAGCCCGACCACGUCGUCGUCAUCAAAUACGUCCCAUACGUCGGUGACUCGAAGCGAGCAAUGGACGAGUACACGUCGGAGAUCCUGCUGCACGGCACCAACACCAUCGUCGUCCACAACACCUGCGAGGACUCGCUGCUGGCCGUCCCGCUCAUACUGGAUCUGGUGCUGCUGGCCGAGCUGUUCUCCAGGGUGCAAUUUAGAACGGCAUCCGAAUCGUGGAGCCCGAUGCACCCGGUGAUGUCAACUCUGGCAUACCUACUGAAGGCGCCGGUGGUACCGGCCGGCGCGCCCGUCGUCAACGCGCUGUUCAAGCAACGCGCUGCCAUAGAUAACCUCAUGCGGGCCUGCGUGGGGUUGCAGCCCAUCAGUAAUAUGCAGCUUGAGCAUAAGGUGCCAUUCCUCAUGAAGGAGUUGCGAUCGGGCGCGCUGUUUAAGUCGGCGCCGCCCGCCAAGAAGCAGAAGUUGAACCACGAGAACGGCAACUAGGCGCCGACAGCUACCAAUGGCAUUGCAGAUUUGAACAACAACCCUCGUACAGUUCGCGUUAGGUUUGCAGUGAAUCAUUAGUCUUAACGUCAAAAUGGCAUACUUGGUUUUUAACUAUCGCAAUAAUCGGUCAAUUUUGAUUUACUGCAAUUUUAACGCGAAUAAACUAUAAUAUGUUUACAACAGUUAUGGCUCUGGUACAUGCUAUCUCAUUUGCACAUGCUUCAAAUCGCGUGUGAGUGUGAUAGCAUGACUUAUCACUAUUCACUGGGGACAAACUGUAAACUUUCAACUUUAAAGUACGAGUGUUGGUUCAUUUUCCGGUAUUUAGCACAAAUUGUAUUUUUUUGUGUUCUGAUUUACUUAAUUUAUUUUUUAUAUAAAUAGCUAUUUCGCAGCCAGGAUUUGUUAUCAUAG